AAGUGUACUAAGAGAUCAAAAUUCAGGAGCUGCUAGAAGAUACAGCAAGAUAAAGAGGAAUAUAACAGACAAAAAUUAGAUUUUCUCAUACAAUGGCAACCCCACGGGGGAGGACAAAGAAAAGAGCACCUUUUGAUCAUUCUCCAGACAGCCUUCCUUUGAGGAGCUCCGGUAGGCAGGCGAAGAAAAAAGCAACAGAGAUGGCAGAUGAAGAUGAAGAUGGUGGGUCAGAAAAGAAGUACAGGAAAUGUGAAAAGGCGGGCUGUACGGCCACGUGUCCUGUAUGCUUUGCAAGUGCUUCUGAAAGAUGUGCCAAAAAUGGCUACACAUCCCGAUGGUAUCACCUCUCCUGUGGGGAACAUUUCUGUAAUGAGUGCUUUGACCAUUACUACAGAAGCCACAAGGAUGGAUACGACAAAUAUAUUACCUGGAAAAAAGUAUGGACUAGCAAUGGCAAAACUGAGCCCAGUCCCAAAGCUUUCAUGGCAGAUCAACAGCUCCCUUACUGGGUUCAGUGUAUAAAACCUGAAUGUAGAAAAUGGAGACAACUCACCAAGGAAAUCCAGCUUACUCCACAGAUAGCGAAGACUUACCGAUGUGGUAUGAAACCAAAUACUGCUGUCAAGCCCGAGACCUCAGAUCAUUGUUCUCUCCCAGAGGAUCUAAGAGUGUCGGAAGUGGCCAACCACUGGUGGUACUCCAUGCUCAUCCUACCUCCUUUGCUGAAAGACAGCGUGGCAGCACCCCUGCUCUCUGCCUACUACCCGGACUGUGUUGGCAUGAGCCCCUCCUGCACCAGCACGAACCGCGCCGCUGGCAAUGCCAGCCCCGGGAAGUUGGAGCACUCUAAGGUGCCCUCCGUGCUCGUUCCAGGCAUGAACCGGUACUUCCAGCCUUUCUACCAGCCCAACGAGUGUGGCAAAGCCCUGUGUGUGCGGCCAGAUGUGAUGGAACUGGAUGAACUCUACGAGUUUCCAGAGUAUUCCCGAGACCCCACCAUGUACCUGGCUUUGAGAAACCUCAUUCUCUCACUGUGGUAUAGUAACUGCAAAGAAGCUCUUACUCCUCAGAAAUGUGUCCCUCACAUCAUUGUCCGGGGUCUCGUGCGUAUUCGAUGUGUUCAGGAAGUGGAGAGGAUACUUUAUUUUAUGACAAGAAAAGGUCUCAUCAACACAGGAGUUCUUAGCGUGGGAGCUGACCAGUAUCUUCUUCCUAAAGACUACCACAAUAAAUCGGUCAUCGUUGUUGGGGCUGGUCCAGCAGGAUUAGCAGCUGCUAGGCAACUGCAUAACUUUGGAAUUAAGGUGACUGUCCUAGAAGCCAAAGACAGAAUUGGAGGCCGAGUAUGGGAUGAUAAAUCUUUUAAAGGUGUCACAGUGGGAAGAGGAGCCCAGAUUGUCAAUGGCUGUAUUAACAACCCUGUAGCGCUAAUGUGUGAGCAACUUGGCAUCAGCAUGCAUAAAUUUGGAGAAAGAUGUGACUUAAUUCAGGAAGGUGGAAGAAUAACUGACCCCACUAUUGACAAGCGCAUGGAUUUUCAUUUUAAUGCUCUCUUGGAUGUUGUCUCUGAGUGGAGGAAGGAUAAGACUCAGCUCCAAGAUGUCCCUUUAGGAGAAAAGAUAGAGGAAAUCUACAAGGCCUUUAUUAAGGAAUCUGGUAUCCAGUUCAGUGAGCUGGAAGGGCAGGUGCUUCAGUUCCAUCUCAGCAACCUGGAAUAUGCCUGUGGCAGCAGCCUCCACCAGGUGUCUGCUCGCUCCUGGGACCACAAUGAAUUCUUUGCCCAGUUUGCUGGUGACCACACUCUCCUAACUCCUGGGUACUCUGUAAUAAUUGAAAAAUUGGCUGAAGGGCUAGACAUUCGGCUCAGAUCUCCAGUGCAGAGUAUUGAUUAUUCUGGAGAUGAAGUACAGGUUACCACCACGGAUGGUGCAGGGUAUUCUGCACAAAAGGUAUUAGUCACUGUACCACUGGCCUUACUACAGAAAGGUGCCAUUCAGUUUAAUCCACCAUUGUCAGAGAAGAAGAUGAAGGCUAUCAACAGCUUAGGAGCAGGCAUCAUUGAAAAGAUUGCCUUGCAGUUUCCUUAUAGAUUUUGGGAUGGUAAAGUUCAAGGGGCUGACUUUUUUGGUCACGUUCCUCCUUGUGCCAGCAAGCGAGGGCUUUUUGCUGUGUUCUACGACAUGGAUCCCCAGAAGAAGCACAGCGUGCUGAUGUCCGUGGUUGCUGGGGAGGCUGUGGCGUCUGUCAGGAGCCUGGAGGACAAGCAGGUGCUGCAGCAGUGCAUGGCCACGCUCCGGGAGCUCUUCAAGGAGCAGGAGGUCCCAGAUCCCACAAAAUAUUUUGUCACUCGGUGGAGCACAGACCCAUGGAUCCAGAUGGCAUACAGUUUUGUAAAGACAGGUGGAAGUGGUGAGGCCUACGAUAUCAUUGCUGAAGAAAUACAAGGAACCAUCUUUUUCGCUGGCGAGGCAACAAACAGACAUUUCCCACAGACUGUUACAGGGGCAUAUUUGAGUGGUGUUCGAGAAGCAAGCAAGAUUGCAGCAUUUUAAAAAGAAUUUGUCUGGACCCAGCUUUCUUCUGUACCCCAAGUGGGAAAGCUUGAAACACAUGUCAAACCUCAGUUUUAUAAGGGGGGGGGGGCGGGGGAAAUAGCUCUCUGGAUAUAGCAAAAUAGAAAUGUUUCUAAGGUGAUAUAACUUAAAUUCAUUUCACCACUCUGAAAGCACUGACCCCCAAAAUCCUUAAAAGCACUUAUAUUUAAUUGCAUUUUCUACAGGUCCAACGCGUACUAGAAGUCUGUAUUUCAGAAUAAGGCAGAAUAUAAUCUUAAAUUGAGACCUUGGAUAUGAUUCGUAGUUGGAGGUUCUCUUCAGAUUUGACAUUGUUUGGCUGAUAAGUUUUUAUACAUUGGAAAACUAAGUCAAGCAGGAAUCAUUAAAAAAAAGAUAAAGCCAUGUGUUUUUCUUCUGUGACAACUUAUCAGUAUCUGUACCAAUGAGCCUUAUAUUUCUAAAUAGCUCCAAUAUUGAGCUUUUAUUUAAAUUUAGAACUCUCUUUAUAGAUACAGCACAAACUCCCGUUGAAGGUAAAAUGAAGCUUCUAGACUAUUUCAUAUUGUACAUAUUUCUUCCUAUUGGGUGGUCAAAAGAAGUUGAAAUUCAGGUAUCUUUUGUGAUAAAAUAUUUUAAAUUUGUGCAUUCAUUGGCAAAACAGCAAAAUUUUCAUUCCCUUAAACAGUGUAGGUGUUGUCGCUAAAAACGCCGUACAGAUAGUGUGGUCUUCACACUAUAGGUAGAAUAUAGCUAUUUUUCUUAAAGCCAAAUUUGGGUUGGGUAGCACACUUUAAAUAUACCGUUUUAGCAACCGCUAGCAAAAAGAUCUCAUCAGAAUUUAAUAAAAGCCCCUCCCCACUUCUUUUUAAAACAACUGUUAAUCUCUAGAAAUAUUUUUUUGCAUAAUUAUGUUUACAGUGUUCCACAGGCAGGUCCACUGGAAAACUACAGAAAAAUGUGAGCUAUCCUAAUAAAUAUUACACAUUUUAUAGCCAUAUCUUCAAAGCCUGAGAACAUGGCAAAAGGCUGUUUUUCCUUUUUACUUAUGAACAAAAAAUUGUUUAAUAUGUCAUUUAAAAAUAAACAUUGGUUUCAGGAUACCUCUUUUGCCAAGAAACUUCAUUUUACAGGACUCUUUCAAUUAUAUUGAUCUGCUUACAAAGAACUAAAAAUUGACUUUAAAGCCACCUUUCAAAAUAUUAGGUAUUUUAAAAAAUUUUUAAAUUUCGGCUUAUAAGCAGAAAGAAUAUCUUAUGGAAAGAAUGUGCAGUGAUCUUCAGAGUUUAUAGAUACAAACAUCCCCUCCCUAUUAAAGUAUUUUGCAAAAGAAAGCCAAGAGCUGUAUAUUGCAAAGUUAACAUAGAAAAAUGUUGAUAUUUAGGUUUUCUGCUGAUUCAUUGGUACUGACUGGGAAGUAUUCUACUGUAAAAUGUUAUGUAUUAAAAUGUUCAGCAUGUUAAGUGAUAAAUACAAAAUGUAAGUUUGAAAUGGUUCACAGUAAAUUAUUUUAGUUUCUGGGCACUUAAACUUGUACUGUGCUACAAGUAGGGGAAAACCUACGUGAAGUAUGGUAAGUGUGUAUUUAAAAAAAAAUUUCCUGUCUCAAGUUACAUACUUCAUUUGAUUUUGUUCUUUAAGGAACCAUGGUACUUUUUUUGUUAGUUUUUCAUUGUUCGAAGAUUUUGUAAUUGGGUAGCAGUGAAUACAAAAAUUUAGUGUUUUAACUGCAGAUCACAGCUGGUUGUAUAAAACUGCUUAAUAAAAACAACUUGUUUUUCAAAUGCA